ACAGGUAAUUUGCUUAGAUGUAAUUGUUAUCUGUUUAGUAAAUGGCUGGUUUUGUGUUAGAGCAUGUGUUUGUGUGUGUACAGAGAAGGGAAUCGCAGCUGCAGGAAGAAAGCCGCAGGUUGAAACAAGAGAAGCAGGCUCUGCUGGUGGACUUGCAGAUGAUGAAAAAAGAAAGGGAUUUGGCAAAAGCACAAGUGAUCUCUACCUCAGGUGAUAAAGGGUUUGAGUUGAAGCUGCUGGAGGAAAGUCAUAAGGAGGAGGUGGCUGCACUGAAGAAGAGACUGCAGUGGUAUGCUGAGAAUCAGGAGCUGCUGGACAAAGAUGUAGCCAGACUCCGAUCAGCCAAUGCAGAGACACAGAGACUAACUGAGCAGGUGAGAUGGGUGGCACCCUGCUACCAAUAAAACACGAAAGGAUUUUUGUGAAUUAUUUCCUCAAUAU